AUGUCCUUCAACCUCCGCUACAAGAACCACGAUGACGACGUUCAUGGUUUCGGGUGGGAACAGAGACUGCCCGCUGUCACAGAAGUGGUGCUGCGUCACAACCCGGACAUUAUUGGAACCCAGGAAGGCUUCCUACAACAAAUACAAGAACUCCGGGAGAAGUUGUACGAGCAUGAAAGGAACUACACGGCAUGCGGGUGCCCGCGAGAGCGUAUCCUGGGCAUGAUACCUUGUGGCGAGACUUGCUCAGUAUUGUCGCAUUGGCCAAGAGUGAAGUGCCUCGAACAAGACUCCUUUGCACUGUCGGAGACUUUCUCGAAGAUUGGAUCCACAAGUUGGGGCACCGCCUGUCCACGCAUCGCAACAUAUGCGUGGCUGGCAGUUGACACCGGGGAUCACCAGAAAGGAUAUUGCCUUCUGCUGCUGAACACACAUCUGGACCACAGGCGCGUAAUUCGGUCCCGAAGCCUUAUUCGAGCUGUUCAGCAUCUACAUUUCCUUGAUAUGGGGGUUUCUAAAAGCAUGGGUCCCCCAUAUAUACCCCCAAAUAGUACAAUAUUCCUGUAUUCUUGGGACGUGUACAGGAGACACUUACUUUUCGGAAGCCAUAUGUCAACCCGCAUUCAACGCCGGCAGGUCAGACACAGCCCGAAUUGA